UUCAAGUUCUUGCAGGGUGUUAGUUUCUGUCACCACCAAGGACAGGAGAGAAGACAGGAUCAUGUGGCUGCUGGCUGCUCUGCUCUUCUUCCUCACAGGCUGCUCCACUGCUCAGGAUGCAAUCACAGGUCCAAACAUGGUGAGCGGUCAUGAGCAGAGCUCCUUGACUGUGCAGUGCCGUUAUGACUCCUCCUGGAAGGAUUACAAGAAGUACUGGUGCCGAGGAGCUGAUUGGAAUGCAUGUGAGACUCUGGUUAAAACGGAUAUGGAGCAGUUGGUGAAGAAGGACCGUGUGUCCAUCAGGGACGACCAGACAGACUUCACCGUGACAGUGACCAUGGAGGAGCUGAGGAUAAGCGACGGCGGCGUUUACUGGUGUGCAAUUGAGAGAAGUGGAUAUGAUCCGAAUUUUAAAGUUAAUGUGAACAUUGACCCAGCCCCAGAAACUACAACUAUAAUAUUAACAACCAUGGCUCCAGUUCUGACAUCCGCACAGACAACAAGGGAGAGCAUUGCCAACCAUGGAGAGAUUCAAACCAGCACCCUCACCUGGUUCGUGAUGAGCAGCAUCUACUUCAACCUCCUGGUCUUUCUGGAGCUGCCCCUGAUCCUGAGCAUGCUCAGUGCCGUCCUCUGGGUGAACAGACCUCAGAGGUGCUCUGGGGGAGGUGAAGUCGGCCUGGGGAAGGUCCAGAGUUCUGAUGCCGCAAACAGAAAGAAACACCUCCCUGUACAUAGGAAAUAAUCCCCCCACUCUUUCUUUUUCUCUCUCUGGUGUGUGUGUGUGUGUGUGUGUGUGUGUGUGUGUUGUGUGUUUACACAUUGUAGUACAUAUGUGUAUGUAGAGGACAAAUUCAGGUGUCAUUCCACUAUUGUUUGAGACAGAGUCUCUCAAUGACCUGUAUCUUUGCCAAGUAGGCCAAGCUAGCUAGCAGGGAACUCCAGGGACCUACCUGCCUCCAUUUCCUGUCUUACCAUCCUAAGCACACACAAGUGCCUCAACUUUAAAACACAUACACACACACUAAACACAAAAAACCCAUGGGUUGUGAUAAACAUUUUAUCGACUGAGCCAUCUCCCAGCCUAGAAAAGAAUAUCAAGCAAUGACUGUGAUCAGCAGUAUCAUGACUCUGGGGUACUGUGGGCUCACCCUCAGACUGCUCCCCACUUCUACAGCAUGGACAGCUGAGGUUCUGGAACCCCUCAGGUUGUCCCUCUCUCAGAACAUCCUACUGUGCCUGCCUGGGCCUUUCUUCCUCUGAUGGUGUCCAGGGAAGUAGAAAACACAAGGAAAGGUCAUGUUUCUUCUUAGGGCGCCAGUUCCUUUAGGACACCUGUCAUCCCAAGUCUGUGGGCCACCAGCCAUGUGUUUGACCAACUCUCUGGGAAAUGCAGCUUCAACUAGUGGCAUAAAAGUUGGCAACUGUCAUAUUGGAUGGAACACACCGUAUUUUCUUUAUAGUCAACACAACCAGUGACUUAGUGCAUUCCAAACACAGAUGGAGCCAUCGACUGAGUCUCUGCGCCGCCUAAUGGGGUUCCUAUGGCGUAGCUCAGUCAUGGUCCCUGAAGUCUUUGUUCUCCACCUUCUCCACCCAGUGAGACCAAAUGGGGAGUUAACUGGCGAAGGCGUCUAUCUCCUCAGGAAUCACGAGCCCACAUCACCCUGUUGACUCCUCUAGGGCCGGCCUCGACACUGGGUCAUUCAGUUUUCCUCCUGUUCCUUCAGAAGCAUCUAUUCAAUGUGUGAGUACCAGACACCAUCCAAAUACAAGUUUCCAAAUGAGAAAGACCUGGUUAAACUCCACGGAGGAGGCUGAAAGCUUGGAAGGCAAAUGCUCAGGUGGAAAACAGUUGUUUCCAGCUCUCCAGCCUCAGCUGAGUGCCACGCCCACAACAUGGAGUCUUCUCAUCCUCUCAGGCUCUGAUGCCCACAGCCCUAACUCACACUUAGCACUUUGUUUGGGAAAAGACCCCCUGUUGGCAUCGUCUCCUUGACGACAUGGGUUGGACCUCUAGGGAGUCUGCCUUUGUUGGGAGGAGGCUUUUUAUUUGUUCCAGUAAUUCGCCUUCAGUCCACAUUCAAACAAUCCUAACUAAAUUCAAUGGAAAACACGCACACACACACACACACACACACACACACACACACAGAGACAGACAGACAGACGGACAGACACAGACACAGACACAAAGAGAGAGACAGAGAGAGAUACACAGAGAGAGAGAGGACAUGUGCUCAAGAGAAUGGCGAAAGGCCCUUUAGAAGGAGCUGGUGGCACACUCCAUUAAUCCCAAGAGAAGCAGGCAGAUCUCUGAGUUCGAGGCCAGCCUGGUCUACAGAGUGCGUUCCAUGACUACAUAGUGAAACUCAGGGAGGUCCAGGACAGCCAGGGCUACAUAGAAAAACCUUGUUUAAAAAAAAAAAAAAGAGGGUAAAAAGAAAGAAAGAGGUAGGAACAGGAAGGGAGAUGAGGAAGGGUGAUAGUGCUGAAAAUCACCAAAAUUCAUUGUAUAUACUUGUGAAGCUGUAAGAGAAUUUUUAAAAAUAAUAUAAGAAAAAUUUAGAGAGGGAAGAGCGUCUCAUCUGAGUGUCCCCGCCUUCUCUCGCGGCGGACUCUGUCAGCACAGCAGGUUUUACAUGUGUGACACUUAUUUCCCUUCUGCAAGAACCCCCCUUGGGUUAGUCCUCCGCCCUUCCGAUUUGUGUGGAUUCAGUGCCUGCACAACUUCUCCUUUUCUCGUUACUCAACUUGUUGCCUUGUUGGCCAACUUUCACCAUGACGCAGUUUUGCCAUCUUAGAGGGUCCGUGGGCACGGCACCUUUUCCUCCUCUUCUGCUGUGACUGUCUGUGGCUGGAGCCCUUGAAAGUCUGCGGUGGUGCUGAGAUUGCCAGGAUUCUGCUCACACUAUGGAGAUAGAUCUUUUCUCAAGUCUUCCGGAAUAGAUGUCCCUGAGCAGAAAUGUGAGGUGGACACUCUCCCUGGAGGGUAAAAGGGACAACUGGGGCAGGAAACCAACCAAUCACUGAGCAUCCUGACCCUGAACCCAGAGCCAGUGAAAGAAACACAGCCUGUAUCUAAGACCUGAGCCAGGGAAAGAAACAUCUUCAUCCUUGAACCCAGGACCAUAGAAACAUGCCCUGACUCUGAAAUCAGUGCCAAACAAACACACUUUGUCCCUAGAAUCAGGGCCAGUGAAAGAAAUAUGCCCUGGUACUAAGAUUAGAGGGAAAAAAAAACAGAAAGGACCAGAGAAAGAAACACAGUUUGGCCAUGAAGUCAGAGCCAUCUCUGCCCCUGACCAACUAAACUAACCAAUCCCUGAGCAGGGAAAAACGAACCAAUCCCUCUUCUCCCUGGGAAAACGCCACCCUUAAGAAACCUCUCUUCCUGUUCAAUGAUGGGCUGCCA